AAAAAAAAGAACACAUUUUUUUUGUGUGUUGCAGACAUAUAUCCGCUCUUCACGUCUUCAAAAUCUUUGAUUGAUCUCUCUACAGUCUCUUUUACCCUUUUUCCUUCAAUUUUGUUUUCGUUGCGAGAGAAAGAAGAUAAAGAGAGAGAGAGACUCUUGAAGAUCAUUGAAGAGAGCCAGAGAUCGAUUUCUGUUUGCUAUUAUGGGAUUUUGCUUCUGACAGAGAGAUAGAGAAAGACUAAUACCUUGAAAGCGUCAAGAUACGGAAGAUAAUCAUGGGUGGAUCAGAUGAGAACAGACACGGAGUCAUUGGACCGAUGAAUCGACAACAAGGGAGUUUACGUGGAGGAAAGGUAAUUCCGACGAAUGGACAGACAAGAAGAGCACUGAGUAAUAUAAACAAGAACAUCAUCGGAGCUCCUGUUUAUCCUUGUGCUGUCAACAAAAGACCAUUCACUGAGAACAAUGGGAUAUGUAACAAGAAGAUUCCACCUGUUCCAGUGCAUCGACCAGUUACAAGGAAAUUUGCUGUUCAGUUAGCUGAGAACAAUCCCCAAAUCCACAAGGAGGAAACCAAGAAAUCAGACUUGAUUUCGAACGAAGCAUUAGAUAGAAUCAUAACAGAUGUGGAAGAAGGAGACUUUAAUGAACCAAUGUUUGUUCAACACACUGAAGCCAUGCUUGAAGAGAUUGACCGAAUGGAGGGGAUUGAAAUGGAAGAUUCAAAUGAUAUUGAUGUUGAAGUAGAAGAGUCUGUUAUGGAUAUAGACAGCUGUGACAAGAACAAUCCUUUAGCUGUAGUUGAAUACAUUGAUGAUAUAUAUUGCUUCUUCAAGAAAAAUGAGUGUCGUAGCUGCGUACCGCCUAAUUACAUGGAGAAUCAACAAGACAUUAACGAGAGGAUGAGAGGAAUCCUUAUUGAUUGGUUGAUUGAGGUACAUUACAAGUUUGAGCUGAUGGAGGAGACGCUUUACCUCACAAUCAAUCUCAUCGAUAGAUUUCUUGCCGUUCAUCAUCAUAUAGCGAGGAAAAAGCUUCAGCUUGUGGGUGUAACAGCUAUGUUGCUUGCUUGCAAAUACGAAGAAGUUUCAGUUCCAGUUGUUGAUGAUCUUAUCCUGAUCUCUGACAAGGCUUACACUAGGACAGAGAUUCUUGAUAUGGAGAAGUUAAUGGCGAAUACCUUGCAAUUCAAUUUCUGUCUUCCAACUCCAUAUGUGUUCAUGAGACGGUUUCUCAAAGCUGCACAAUCUGACAAAAAGCUUGAGCUUCUAUCAUUCUUCAUCAUCGAGCUUUGUCUAGUGGAGUACGAGAUGCUUCAGUACACUCCUUCUCAGUUGGCUGCAUCGGCGAUCUACACAGCUCAGAGCACACUUAAAGGAUUCGAGGAUUGGAGCAAAACCAGUGAGUUCCACUCAGGCUACACCGAAAAAACUCUUCUGGAAUGUUCGAGAAAGAUGGUUGGUUUGCAUCACAAGGCAGGGACAGGGAAGUUAACAGGUGUUCACAGGAAAUACAACACAUCCAAAUUUGGUUAUGCUGCAAGAAUUGAACCAGCUGGGUUUCUUCUGCUGUGAACGAACCAACGGUUAAAAUUAGUUCACACGGAAUCUAUAAAUGACUUGACCAAAGUUCAUCACUGAAGAGAGAGCAACAUAAGUUGCAUAUAUGGUAGAAAUUUCUGAACACGUACGUAUCUCUGUGUGGGUUCACUUGUCUGUGUGGAUGGUUUAAUCUUUUCAUUUUCGUUGCUAAGAGAAUAAUAGAAAGCGUUUUCGCUCUUAACUCUGCUUUUUAGGGUUCUUGAUUUGAACAUAUUUUUCCACUCUUCUUUCCAAAUUCCAAGUCUGCAGCAUCUUUUAUCACUCACAAUCACGUUCACAACACUUGUGGCGAAAAUAGAUAAGGCUUUGUUUGGUUUAGUGGUCAUCAAGGUCGAGCAAUUAGUAAUAGUCACAAAAGAACAUGUUAUAUUAAUCUCAUUCCCACAGUUGGUAUGUGAAUUAUUCUACCAUAAAAACUCUCCAGUUUAGGUGGACAGUGAUACUAGUUACCGACGUUAGAGCCUAGAACAAUGAAAACUCUCUUUCUAGAUUGUUAACGAGUUUGCCAUUUGAUCUACCGACAUCGUACAGAGCAAUGGUUUUUUGUGUGGAAAAAUCUUUUAGAAUGACUUUGAUGUAUCUACUAGUGUCCAUUGACGUUGACGUUGACGUUGACUUUAUACUAGUUUAUAAGAUGUACCUCUUUCACAGAAAUUUAAACUAAAGAAAAGAGAGAGAAAAAUGAAUAAAAGAGAAUGUGGUAGUGGUAAUAUUGCUAAAUUGUGUAUUUGCUUAUCAAUAAUGUUGCUGCUUUUAUCUUCAUCCCCUGAGAACUCGUUCGUCUCAGCUCUCCCAACUGAUAAACAUUGUGCAGGGGAGAAAACAGAGGGAGGAAGAAGAAGUGGAGUGAGAAUGAUGAUGGAUGCAAAACGGGUUGCUUAUGUAUACAGAAGCCGCUCGGGCCAUGGUCCAGUCAUGGUGGCCGAAACUAAACCAUGAAAUCGCGGUUGCCACAUUUUACCACUAUCUAUGUCAAAUGUUUUACUUCCUACAACUCGUGUCUUCUCCGUUUGAUCCGACCAUCUUUAUCCGACUAAUAAAUGAAUAAAAACGACCGCUUUUAGAAA